AUGGAGUUGGGAAAUGGCACCAGAGUAAACGAAUUCAUAUUUGUGGGACUUACUCAGUCCCAAAACCUGAGCUUCGUCUUAUUUAUUUUCUUAAGUUUGGUGUAUUUAACAACUCUGCUGGGAAACCUCCUCAUCAUGGUCACAGUGACCUGUGAAUCACGCCUGCACACGCCCAUGUACUUCUUGCUGCGCAAUCUAGCUGUCCUUGACAUCUGCUUCUCCUCCAUCACAGCUCCUAAGGUCUUGGUGGAUCUAAUGUCAAAGGAAAAGACCAUCUCCUACACAAACUGCAUGAUGCAAAUGUUUCUCUUCCACCUCUUGGGUGGGGCAGACAUUUUCUCUCUCUCGGUGAUGGCAUUUGACCGUUACAUAGCCAUCUCCAAGCCGCUGCACUAUGUAACAAUUAUGAGCAUCAGGCGAUGUACUGGCCUCAUCGUGGCCUCCUGGGUGGGGGGAUUUGUCCACUCCAUUGUGCAGAUCUCCCUGUUGCUUCCACUCCCCUUCUGUGGACCCAAUGUCCUUGACACUUUCUACUGCGAUGUCCCCCAGGUCCUCAAGCUUGCCUGCACUGACACCUUCACCCUUGAGCUCCUCAUGAUUUCCAACAAUGGUCUGGUCACCACCCUGUGGUUUAUCUUCCUGCUUGUGUCCUACACAGUAAUCCUAAUGAUUCUAAGGUCUCAGGCAGGGGAGGGCAGGAGAAAAGCCAUCUCCACCUGCACCUCCCACAUCACGGUGGUGACCCUGCACUUUGUGCCCUGCAUCUACGUCUACGCCCGGCCCUUCACCGCCCUCCCCACUGACAAAGCCAUCUCGGUCACCUUCACUGUCAUCUCUCCUCUGCUGAACCCCUUGAUCUACACCCUGAGAAAUCAUGAGAUGAAGUCAGCCAUGAGAAGACUGAAAAGAAGACUUGUUCCUUCUGAAAGGGAAUAA